UCUUGCGAAGUUCCUGCGGGCCGAAAACCUCGAGAAUAUAAUCAAGGCGCGAAGCCCGGGAUUAGAGUAUCUAAUCGAAACGCGUUUCUUUCAUUUUCUACUGACAGAAGAUUGUCUAGUUGUCCGUGAAUAUGAUAAAAUAAAAUGUAAUAAUAAUUCAGCUGAUACAAACGAAGGCUUAACUUGUUCCCACAAACCAAAUCACCAUUCCCUUCGUCUCGGUCUCUUGGAGAAUAUAUGCAGGUUGACUUCGAUUCACAUUAUUAAGGAUUCAAAUAUCAGAGCCAGUUCUUGUAUCUUGUGCUAGCAGAUGAAGAGGGCUUAGUCGCUUAGAUCCGAAUCAUUGAAGUAAGGGAAGAAUUUCAACCAAGUGUGAAGCUUUAUGGGGAAUACUUGUGUUGGUCCGAGCAUUUCCAAAAAUGGUAUACUUCAAUCAGUUUCUGCUGUGAUAUGGAAAUCCCGUGCACUCGAUGAUGCAUCAGUUUCUAAUGGAGGAACACUAAAUGAGGAAACAGCUAGAGAACCGGAACCAUCGUCCAUGCCCGUCCAAUGCAAGCCCCCUGAGCAAAUGACUAUGCCAAAACCGGAAGUGAAACCGGAAGAGAAGCCAGAACCCAAUCCAGAUGCCAAAUCGGACCAAGAUCAGAAAUCUAAGCACAGGAAACCUACUUCGAUAAAAAGGGUGUCCAGUGCAGGGCUCCGUGUUAGUUCUGUAUUACAAACAGACACUGGUAAUUUCAAGGAGUUUUAUACUCUGGGGAGAAAACUGGGAGCGGGUCAGUUUGGGACAACAUUUUUAUGCGUGGAGAAAGCAACGGGCAAAGAGUAUGCCUGUAAAUCUAUGGCAAAAAGGAAGAUGGUAACUGACGAGGAUGUUGAGGAUGUGAGAAGAGAAAUUCAGAUAAUGCAUCACUUGGCUGGGCAUCCUAAUGUUAUAUCCAUCAAAGGUGCUUAUGAAGAUGCACUAGCUGUUCAUGUUGUGAUGGAGUUAUGUGCAGGUGGUGAGCUUUUUGACAGGAUUAUUCAGCGUGGACACUAUACAGAAAGAAAGGCAGCCAACCUAAUCAGGACUAUAGUUGGGGUUGUGGAAGCUUGUCAUUCUCUUGGUGUGAUGCACAGGGAUCUUAAACCUGAAAACUUUCUCUUUGUCAAUCAGCAGGAGGAUUCUCCUCUCAAAACCAUAGACUUCGGAUUAUCUAUAUUUUUCAAACCAGGUGAUAUGUUCACUGAUGUGGUUGGCAGCCCUUAUUAUGUUGCCCCAGAGGUUUUGCGAAAGCGUUAUGGCCCAGAAGCAGAUGUCUGGAGUGCUGGGGUAAUCCUUUACAUUCUUUUGAGUGGAGUACCUCCAUUUUGGGCAGAAAGUGAGGAAGGGAUAUUUAAAGAGGUUCUGCAUGGUGAUCUUGACUUUUCAUCUGACCCCUGGCCUAGCAUUUCUGAAAGUGCCAAAGAUUUAGUAAGGAAAAUGCUUGUUCGUGAUCCUAGAAGGCGGCUGACUGCACAUCAAGUUUUAUGUCAUCCUUGGAUUCAAGUUGAUGGCGUAGCUCCUGAUAAACCACUUGAUUCUGCUGUAUUAAGUCGCUUGAAGCAAUUCUCUGCUAUGAAUAGGUUCAAAAAAAUGGCUCUUAUAGUUAUUGCUGAGAGCUUAUCUGAAGAAGAAAUAGCUGGCUUGAAAGAAAUGUUCAAGAUGAUAGAUACAGACAAUAGUGGUCAAAUUACGUUCGAUGAGCUUAAGGCUGGUUUGAAAAGAGUGGGUGCUAAUCUUAAGGAGUCUGAAAUAUAUGAUUUGAUGCAAGCAGCUGAUAUUGACAAUAGUGGAACUAUCGAUUAUGGGGAGUUUAUAGCUGCAACAUUGAAUCGAAACAAGAUUGAAAGAGAAGAUCACCUUGUUGCGGCCUUUUCUUACUUUGAUAAGGAUGGAAGUGGCUAUAUUACUCCAGAUGAACUUCAACAAGCUUGUGAGGAGUUUGGUGUGGAAGAUGUCCGCUUGGAAGAGAUAAUCAAGGAAAUCGAUCAAAAUAAUGAUGGGAGGAUAGAUUAUAACGAGUUUGUAGCCAUGAUGCAGAAAGGAAAUGUUCCUGUAAUUGGUAGGAAGGGAUUAGAAAAUAGCUUCAGCAUCGGUUUUAGGGGAAGGCAUUAAAAUUUAAAACUGUAUUGUUCAUAUUUAGGGAGGAACAUUAAGAUUCUUUUCUUCUUUUUCUUCUUUUUCCCUUUUGGGUUUUGGCCCCCUGGGCUUCAAGAUUUAUUUAACAGGAACAAGCAGGCAUGUAGGAGGCAUCUAUGCCUUUAUUUUCUGCUGUUGUUUUUGUGCUUCCGAUAUAAAUUUGGAUUUUGUAAUUUUGAUAUACUGUACAAAUUUUAGAUUUAUGUAAAAACAUUGUUUUCCAUUAUCAUCAUAUGCCCAACGGACUGAAUAUUGAUGGAUUA